AUGGAAGAAGAGAAGCUACUUAUUCUAUCGAGGGCUCACAAGCUAGCUAUUGGGUGGACUUUGGCAGAUAUUAAGGGUAUAAGCCCUUCAACGGUGAUGCACCGUAUAUUUAAGGAGGAGGAUAGUAAGCCUAGUAUCGAUGCUCAAAGAAGGCUUAAUACUUCGAUGAAGGAGGUGGUAAGGAAGGAAUUCCUUAAAUGGUUUGAUGCAGGGGUGAUUUACUCAAUAUCUGACAGUACAUGGGUUACUCCUGUUCAGGUGGUCCCGAAGAAAGGUGAAGGAAUAGUCUUGGGCCACAAGAUUGCAUACCAUGGUAUUGAGGUAGACAGGGCCAAGAUAUGUACAAUAGAAAACUUACCUCCACUGGUGUCUGUUAAGGGCGUUUGUAGCUUUUUGGGCCACGGUGGAUUCUAUAGGAGGGCAUUUAACACGCUGAAGGAGAAAUUGGUUUCUGCUCCUAUUGUUGUGUCACAAGAUUGGGAUCUCCCUUUUGAGAUUAUGUGUGAUGCAAGUGACUAUGCAGUGGGAGUAGUGUUGGGACAGCGUGUGGAUAAGGUAAUAGUGUAUAUGGAUCAUUCUGUAAUAAAAUACCUUAUGACUAAGAAGCACGCUAAGCCAUGCUUGAUUCGUUGGGUCUUGUUGCUACAAGAGUUUGAUAUGGAAAUCUGGGACAAAAAGGGGACUGAGAAUUUGGUAGCGGAUCACCUAUCAAGGCUUGAGAAUGAGGCUAGUGGAGUUCAAAUUGAUGAUGAUUUUUCGAAUGAGCAACUCUUUGUUGUGAGUAAUGAUGAGGGGGUUUCCUUGGUUCGCAGAUUAUGUGAACUUUUUGGUUGCGAAGGUUCCACCUCUGGAGAUGUCGAGACAACAGUUAAAGAAUUCUAUUCAGAAGUCAAGCACUAUUAUUGGGAAGAGCCCAUUCUCUAUCGUCACUUUGCAGAACAAGUGAUUUGGAGGUGUGUGCCUGAGGUGGAAAUGCAAUCUAUAUUGACUCAUAAUCACACUUUGCAGUGUGGUGGUCAUUUUGGUGCCACUAGGACAGCAGCGAAGGUCUUGCAAUCGAGAUUUUACUGGCCUACAUUGUUCAAGGAUGCCAAUCUAUUUGUGAAAAUCUGUGACCAUUGUCAAAGAACUGGGAACAUCUCUAGGAGAGACCAAAUGCCUAGGACAGGAAUCCUAGAGGUGGAAGUAAUUGAUGUGUGGGGGAUCGAUUUUAUGGGGCCAUUCUCAUCGUCAUUUAAUAAUAAGUACAUACUCUUGGAUGUGGAUUAUGUAUCAAAAUGGGUGGAAGCUACAACCACUCCUACAAAUGAUGGGAAGUUUCACUGCAUUAUGUGCCCAAUAUGGAGUUCGCCACCCCAAGUAAAUGGCCAAGUGGAAGUACCGAAUCGGGAAAUAAAGAGCAUACUUGAGAAGAUUGUGAAUACGUCAAGGAAAGAUUGGUCAAAGAGGCUUGAUGACUCCUUUUGGGCAUAUAGAACUGCUUUCAAAACACCCAUAGGGAUAUCACCAUAUCGCUUGGUAUUUGGGAAAACUUGUCAUCUUCCUAUGGAGCUUGAACAUAGAGCAUACUGGGUUGUGAAAAAACUUAAUGUGGAUUUGUAUAAAGCUAGAGAGAAAAGGCUCAUGGACCUAAAUGAGCUAGAAGAGUUCCGCAAUGAGGCUAAUGAAAAUGCUAAAAUCUAUGAGAAGAUGAAGGCCUUCCAUGACAAGCGUAUCUUGUUUAAAGACUUUCAACUGGGGGAUAAAGUGCUCUUAUACAAUUCAAGGUUGAAAUUAUUUCCGAGCAAGUUGAAAUCGAGGUGGUCGGGACCUUUCACAGUGGUUGUAUCACUUCCAUAUGGUGCAGUGCAUAUACAUAGCGAGAAGACAGGGCAUUUUAAGGUGAAUGGUCAGCGGUUAAAGCACUAUAUUGAGGGCCAAGUAGAGAAGGCAAAGUCUAUAGUUAUUUUAAGACCCCUUUGA